AUGGAUGUGAUGCUUUCGAUGAUGCAAGAAUCCAAGAAGGAGAAUGAGAUUCGAGACAAAGCACACGAGUCAUUGGCGAAACAAGUGGGUCAACUAGCGGAAGAAGUGGCUCAAAUAAGGGGAAGCAUGGGAAAGCUUCCAAGUGACACUACAGUGAAUCCGAAGCAUCAAGGUUUUAACACAAGCAACGUGAGGGAUGCACGCGUUAGCGCGGUAAGUAUUCUUUUAAAUGAUGAAGUUUGUAGUGUUGAAAGCAUUUCACCACCACAAUUCGUUGAUGGUGUAGUGGAAAAUAUAGGUGAGGAGCCGGAAAGUGAAAAUGAACACGAAACGAUUUCACAAAGUAAAAAUGAAAACGUAACUAAAAAUUCUUUUUGUGAAAAUUGUUUAAAUCAACUUAACUUUCUUAAUGCAUCGAAGAGUGAAGAACGGUUCCCACCGAAGGACGAGGGGUGGGAAAAUUUUAAGCAAGCUAAAAUUAAUUUACCGUUACUAGAUGACAUUAAAAAGGUUCCGGCUCAUGUGGAAUGCUUAAAGGAGUUAAGCAUUGAAAAACGACACAACAAAUUACCCAAACCGGUUGAUUUGAUAUCUCAUGUGAGUGCCGUUUUAUCGAGUGCCCUUCCCCCAAAAGCUCAAGAUCCGGGAGAUCCUCUUAUUCCAAUUCAAAUUGGAACAUUUAAAAUUGAGAGGGCGCUCCUAGAUCUUGGAGCUUGUGUGAGCAUCUUGCCCGGGAGUUUGUAUGACCAAUAUGAUUUUGGUCCAUUAAAAAAUUUUGAUACUCCCGUGGUAUUGGCAGAUCAGACUCCCACGCAUCCAAGGGGGAUGGUGGAGGAUGUGAUAGUUAAGGUGGAUGAUUGCUACUACCCAGUUGACUUUUUGGUAGUAGACUAUGUUGGGUGUGUUGGGGACACCCAACCGACAGUCAUACUGGGUAGGCCGUUCCUGGCAACUGCUAAUGCCAUAAUAAAUUGUGCAACGGGAACGGUAAGCAUGAAGUUUGGGGACCGGGAAUUAAAUUUAAAUGUUUUUCCAAAUUUCACUAACCCGCUCGGUGAGGAUAAGUGUCCUAAAAAGGACAUGAAUCCAAACAAAAAGGUGUGUGCUAUGGUUGGUAGGUUUGGAGAACCAAAGAAGAAACCGGUCAAGAAGAAGAAGGCGAAGAAGUCGCCUCAAGAAAAGAAGAAGGAAGAGGAAGUGAGGAAGUUUGGACCGUUUGGCAACAAAUGGUACGAAUCACCGGUGGGUGAUUUUGAGGAGCUCGUGGACGGCAAGCAUGCCAUUCGACCACCAUGA